AUGCCAGGGUCUUCUCGUAUGAUCAACUUUCUGAACUUCAAUCAAACUGGAUCAUGCAUAUCGAUGGGAACGUCUGAAGGUUUCGAGAUCUUCAAUUGCGAUCCAUUCGGAAAGUUUUACUCUGAUGAAGGAGGUGGUUAUGGUAUUGUAGAAAUGCUUUUCUCAACUUCCUUGCUAGCAGUUGUUGGAGUCGGUGAUCAGCCCGCAAUGUCCCCUAGAAGACUACGAAUAAUAAAUACAAAGAGACAUUCGGUUAUCUGCGAGGUUACGUUUCCCUCAACAAUCCUCGCAGUCAAAAUGAACAAAGCCCGCCUAGUUGUGCUACUACAAGACCAAAUUUAUAUUUACGAUAUCAGUAACAUGAGGCUGUUACAUACCAUAGAAACUACUACCAACUCCCACGGAUUAAUAGCUAUAUCUCCAUCACUGGAGAACAAUUACUUGGCAUAUCCAUCACCUCCAAAAGUCAUAAAUUCAGAGAUCAAAGGGCAUGCUACGACAAAUAACAUCAGUUUGUCAUCCAAUGAUCUAAUUUCUACGGCGAAUAGUAAUCAAAAGACUCCCUCAUCAACAGACCCCAGUUCUCAAGAUUAUGGUACAGAUGCAAUUAACAAUGGCAACUCCUCUAUCGAUGCAGAUAGUAACCCUAUCACACCGACACGAAAUCACAAUACUAAAAACAAUAUAGUCAAGAAUGGAGACGUGAUCCUAUUCAACAUGCAGACGCUUCAACCUACCAUGGUGAUUGAAGCGCAUAAGGGGGAAAUAGCAGCUCUUACAUUGAGUAGAGAUGGUACUCUUUUAGCAACAGCAUCGGAAAAAGGAACUAUCAUAAGAGUUUUCUCAGUGGAAACAGGAUCAAAGGUAUAUCAAUUUAGAAGAGGCACUUAUCCUACAAAAAUAUACUCUAUGAGUUUUAGUGAUGAUAACCAAUUUUUGGCAGCUAGUUCAUCUAGUAAAACAGUUCACUUGUUCAAACUUGGAAAGGCAGCAAGCGAGACUGGGAAGGUUGAUGCACAUAAUAACAGUGACUUAGAGGAUCAAGAAGAUGACGAGUAUUUUAUUGAUGACGUUGAUGAAGGAGAGCAUGAAGAUGAAAUUUCUUUGGGUAACCAUUCUAAUGCAAGUUUUGACUCCUCUCAAACGGAUCACUUAUCGGUCAAAGAACCAGUAAUUGAUGCCUCGAGGAGAACAGUUGGGCGCAUGAUUCGAAAAUCAUCACAAAAACUUUCUCGAAAGGCUGCAAAGACACUAGGAGCAUAUUUUCCCAUUAAGGUAACUUCAAUAUUAGAGCCGUCGAGGCAUUUUGCUAGUUUGAAGCUACCUCUUGAUAGUGGUAGUGGAAUUAAGACUAUUACAGCGAUUGGAUCACCAAUUGAAGUUGACCGUGCAGAAUAUCCGGAGUUGUUUGAAGAAGGAUCUGUAACAGCUAAUGAGUCUGUAUCAAGCAUCGUGAAAAUGCUGCCAAUUCGUGUUGUUUCCUCUGAAGGCUAUAUGUACAAUUAUAUUCUUGAUCCGGAAAGAGGGGGCGACUGCCUUCUACUGAGUCAGUACUUCCUAUUGAUGGAUUAG